AAACACACAUAUACAUUAUAUAUAAAGAGGAGUCGCCAUUGUUAAAACCCGAGAGAAAUUCUCUCUUCAGUGACAGUGGGGUCUUUCCAGUCUCCACCAAGCCCCUUUCAUUUCUCUCUCUCUUCUUUUGUGGAAAGAUCUUUACUGGAAGCAGACAAAAUCUUGAAUUUUGUUUCAUUCGAUCCACUUUUGUUACCAGUUCACGAAUCGAUCAUUCAGCAGCAGCACGCAUUAGCUCCUUUUUGAUGAUGGAUCAAGCGCAGGCUCCCGAAGCCCUAACCACAUCUACUUCAUACACCACUAGAAAGCUCAACGCCGAGGCCCCUGAAUUCGUUCCUCGGUCAUCCGCCACUGCUCCGCCGCUUCACUCGGUGUUGCAAAACGUUUACGCGAGGCCGCCUCCUUUUGUGUCGCCCUUGCCACCGGCUUACUACGGAUACGAGAACUUCUACCAGCAACCUCCGAUGCAGUUUUAUGGUUACAAUUCCAAUCCACUGAGUCCUGCGGAGUUGGCCGCGGAUCGUAACAAUGGCAGCCCAGCUGCUGUGACGAAAAAUGGGUUGUCGGAUGCUCACCUGAAGAUUCUCAAUCAAGUGGAGUUUUAUUUCAGUGAUAUAAACCUGGCUACAACUGAUCAGCUGUUUAGAUUUAUGAGCAAAGAUCCUGAAGGAUAUGUGCCAAUUUCUGUUGUUGCAUCAUUCAAAAAAAUCAAAAGUGCUAUUAAUGGUAGUGCAGAGCUUUCCAGUAUCCUGCAGAGCUCAAAAAAACUUUUGGUUAGUGAAGAUGGAAAAAUGGUUAAACGCCGACAGCCAUUGACUGAAUCAGAUAUGGAAGAGUUGCAAUCUCGUAUUAUUAUUGCUGAAAAUUUGCCCGAGGAUCAUUCUCACCAGAAUCUCAUGAGGAUUUUUUCAUCUGUUGGGAGUGUGAAGUCAAUUCGCACCUGUCCCCCUCAGAAUUCCAACAAUAGUGCAUCAUCUGCAUUUAAAACAGGAAAAGGAGAUGCUAUGCACUUCAAUGGCAAGCUUCAUGCAUUUGUGGAGUUUGAAUCUGUUGAACUAGCAGAGAAAGCGGUUAUUGAACUAACAGAUGAGGGCAAUUGGAGGAAUGGUCUGAAAGUUCAUUUGCUGCUGAAGAGUGUAGUAAAACCAACUCAAGGGCGAGGGAGGAAAAUUGGUAAUGAAGGUCAUCCUAUUGGAAGGAAAGAUGAGGCAACUAUCCCUGAGGUGCAGUGUUCUGAGGAAAGUUACUUGGAAGAUUCACAGCUGCAAUCUGAUUCCCAAUUUCAUGAGCAUCAAGGAAGGCCAUUUCAGCAGCGGGAAGAUAGUGGAAGCAGUAAUGUCCAGAGGAAAGGGCGUAAUAAUAUUGCCGGCAAUGGCAAGGCCAAGGCCAAGAGCAAGGGCAAGGGACAAGGACGAGGACGGCCUCAGCACCCGGUCAAUGGAGGAAUCUAUCCACCACCCAUAGAAGUCUCUGUGAGUAGUGAGAAGCCGACUACAGCAAAAACAUCUCCCGUCCCACGCAUGCCAGAUGGCACCAAAGGCUUCUCAAUGGGUCGAGGCAAGCCGGUGGAUCUAAAACUUGCUUCAGUUGUUGCUAUUUAGGGAAGCUCGGAUCAACAAGUGUUGGGGGCAUUAAAUGUGCCCAGCUAUGUUGUAUUGUGUAAUGAUCCUAUUAAAAUUUGUUAUAGGUGGUAAGAAAGGUAGUAAGUAACUUGGAAAAGGAUGCAUAAAAAUAUAUAUAUAUAUAUGUAUACAUAUAUAUACCUUCGUGUUGAGAGACUCGGUGGUGGAAUUUGGAGAAGCUCUUGAGGAGUGUGGACUACUGUAGCAUAGCCCAUAGGGAGUUGUCGUGCUCAGGUUUAAGGGGUUUCCCUGCUCACUGUAGAUACUGAUACGAAACACUUCCGUCGAGUUCCGGGUUUUAUUACAUAUUUAAAUUAAAAUGAGAGGGGAAAAGAGCUAGUUAGAAAUACUGAACAUAUCUCUCUCUCUUUCUGCGGAAAA